AUGGCUCUCUCGGACACGCGCAACUAUGUCCUUGCCGUCGAAAAUAACAAGCAGGAAGCGGCGGAAAUCGCAAAGUCGGCGGCGCAGAAACUCGAGAGUCGCCAGACCACCUUGAUUGAGGUCGUCCAGUCGCUGGGCGAGUACAUAAAUGACGAUGACGAGAAGAUCCGUGCCAGAGCCGUUUCCUACCUGGUUGCAGUCAUAUCAGCCCUCCCUCCGAAAUACUUGUCGAGGCAACAAAUCCAAGUGCUUUGCCAGUUCUUCUGUGAUCGCAUCGAAGAUGGAGGAGCGAUCGAAGGUCUGUCCAAGUUGCAGGGCCUCGAAAGAUUUACAAAUGAGAUGGCUCAAACGGUCGUGAGAGCGAUAUUUGAGCACUUUACAGACCUGCAAACACGUAACCAGGCCGGCAGAUACCGGAUCCUCCAGCUCCUGAAUGAACUCCUGGACCACCAUCGCAAAGCCGUCAGGGACAUGAAGGAUGAGUCCCUUCUAGGUAUCACAGAUCUGGUGGCGGGCGAAAAAGACCCUAGAAAUCUGAUGUUAAUCUUCUCGAUGCUGAGAGUUCUCAUGGUUGAAUGGGACAUCAGGGACCAUGUACAAACCAUGUUCGACUCUGUAUAUGCCUAUUUCCCCAUCACAUUCCGUCCUCCUCCCAAUGAUCCUUACGGCAUCACAGCCCAGGAUCUGAAAGACAGACUACGUGAAUGUCUAGCUUCUACUGGAGUGCUGGCACCAUACACUUUCCCCAACAUGCUGGAUCGUCUCGAUUCCACCUCCACCACCGUCAAGAAAGACUGCCUGCAGACGCUGACCGCCUGCGCCGCCAACUAUGACCCUGAGACGCUCAGCCAAUUUUCAAUACCCCUCUGGGAUGCUGUCAAGUUUGAGGUACUUCAAGCCCAGGAACCAGAACUCGCCGAAGAAGCACUGCAAGUCCUUAAAGGCAUUGCUACCUGCUUAUCUACCACUGUUAACAACUCUCAAAGCACGACAACGUCGCCGCUCCACCAAUACUUGGCGCCUGUCACCAAAGAAUGCCUGGAACAUCUGCAGGAGCCGGCGACACGGCAGGCAAAGGCAUCCGGGGACAUCCUCAAAGCAGUGUCAUCAGCCUCGGUCCAAGCCUUUGAAAAUGUGGUCCAGACCGUUGGACCGGCACUGUUAGGUAUCUAUCAGUCUUCCGCGGGCUUGGUGCAACAGCGAGCGGUCUUAGAGAUUGCCAACCAGUUGUUCGAAGCCUCCAUUGAAGUCUAUGGGUCUUGGACAGCUCCAAGCCCUAAAAAUCCUCAAGGCCGACAGAAUCUUGUCGGAGAAUUCAAGGACAAUUUUGUGACCUUAUAUAGUCAAGCCCUGAUGGGGACGGUCAAGGAAGAGGUUUCAUUCCGGUUGACGGCUGCAAAUGGGCUGCUGUUGGUCUCGAAAAUGAACUCGGUGCUUGCGGAUGACGAGAUCGGUCUUUUCGUUCAAUACUUCGAUGACAUUGUCCUCAAAGAAGAGUCCUACGGUCGAGACGAACUGAAAAGGAAAGCCAUGACGGCAUUGGCCGAAAUAUCUCAAUUCAAGCCUAAUUUGAUCUCCAACAUCACAUUCCCAGCUUUCAUGGCACGCUUACCUGACUCGGAAGAAGGGGCACGCGCAAGUGACGCCAGCGCUGUGCUCGAAGGGCUAGCGGAGAUCAGUCUCGAGAAGGAAUUGCUAGGGACGCUGAUGAGACGUCUCCUGAAUAAACUGGACGUUCUUUUCAGUUCCAGUCCAGACCCACCGUUUUCCUACACUUGCCAAGUCUUGGGAACAAUUCUCUACGUUCUGAAUCGCAGCGUUACAGAACAGCAUGCCACAUUGGAUGCUUACUUCGAAAGGGUGGUCGUGACACUGUCCCGAAGAAUAUCAGAUGUUACGCAUGGUCCGUUGGCGAACGAACACGUCCUGUAUCUGCUUGGUCGGAUCAUGAACCUGAUCGUCCGACACUCUGCGGAACCGGCAAUUCAGCAGACCGCAGAAAGCUUUUAUUCUUUUUUCGCUCAAUCAUCGACCGGUGAAGGGUCGCACAGCCUCGUCAACUUGGUCAAUCAGCCAACACGAACAAUCCUAUCGACCUGGCUUUUAGCAGCCAUCCCCAGAGGCACGAACUCCUCACUGCUUACCAGGGACCAACUUACCCAGAGUAUCCAAGAGUUGGUGUCAUUUGCUUCACGUACUCGAAUUCCGGCAGUUACCCAAAGUUGUCUUUCACAAGUUGCUCUUUAUGUCAACAAGCAUGUUGCGACUGCUGAUCUUGGGUUCGUCGACCACCUAGUCUCAGAGAAACUGUCAGCGCUCAAGGAUGAACCUAUGGACGAGACUACAACGCCCGACUUCGACAUUCGUCUUCUCUUUGCCCUCUUCAAAGCUCUAAUACUUCGACUUGCUCCGAGGACGAAUGAAUAUCUUGCCAACCUUGUCGAACUCCUUGACUCGAGGCAGUAUCCGCAUCGAGUUUCUCAGCAGGCAGCCCGGGGGUUUAUUACCAUUCUGGCGGCUGACGACAUUUUGUCCAAGCACAAUGGAGCGCAAAUUAGGUUGCUUGCGCCUCAGCGUGUCUUCCAGACGCUCACGCCAAUGAUUUCCGACAAAUUCAAAACCUCACAGUCAACACUUGAAAAAGAGAAUUUUCUCGUGGCGAUGAGUGGUAUAAUAGCGUCCGUCCCUUCGGAGAUCGUGAUGCCGGAGCUUCCCACGCUGUUGCCCCUUCUCCUGCAGUCUUUGGACAUUGCGGACCAAACUGUCAAAAUUGCUACCUUGGAAACGUGUGCAGUUGUCCUAUCGAACAACCCCUCUGUGCUCGAGGAAAGUGGACACAUACCAGCACUAGUGAAGCGACUUAUCGCCGUAGCGACGGUAACGAAAUCCAAGACAUCUAGUCUUAUGAAACCAAUCUCGCCAGACAAGGGGCAUGCAACCUUGCCGCCAACGAAUCUUCCAAAAACUCGUCGUCUGGCAACACGUUGUCUGGCCCUAAUGCCAAAAUAUAUCUCAGCAAGUGCAUCACGACCCAAUCCUCUGAUCCCACUCAAACGCGAAGUCCUGCAUGGGCUAACGAACAUUCUGGAUGACCCCAAGCGUGAUGUUAGAAAAGAAGCCGUUGAUGCCAGAGCCGCGUGGUUAAGAGACGUUGACGAUAUCAACGAUGAUGAUAUGUAG